AUGAUACAAAGAAGACAUGGAAGAUGGGGAUGGAUGAGGGGUAGGUUGUUCAGAGUUGGAACUUCUGAUUCUGUUUUCGAAGCGAUUAUCCCCGGCAAAGCUGAUUCUAAACCACUACAAUUCAAAGACUACUCAUCACUUUUGGUCAUAAAAUCUGCUCAUUAUGGUUCCUAUUACGCUGAGCUCAUAAUGGAAAAGGAAGAGUUUGUUUAUACAUCUCUGGGGUCGAAUCCUCACAUCCUUAAGUUCUACGGCCACGAUUAUACCUUUUCCAAAGAUCAUGAUGGUGGAAACUAUGGCAGAGUCAGUUAUAACCUGUUUUAUAAAAAUGUCUUAGGUGGAUCACUGAGUGAUUUCAUCGAGAGAACAAGAGUUAGGUUGCGUGAGCCUCAAGCAAGAGCACAUACUCGCUCUAUUCUUAAAGGGUUGGAGUUCAUACACCAAAAGAGUUUUGUCCACUGCAACCUAAAACCAUCCAACAUUUUACUGAUUCAUUGUGAUGAUAAUCCUUAUGGCGUGGAUGGUUUGGUUGCCAAGAUUGCUGAUUUUGGUCUUUCUAAGAGAAUUAAUGAUGAUUUCGAGAGUGGAAAUGAAGUGACAGGUAGUCCGUAG